AUGGAUAUAUGUAAAGACGACGAGGAUGGGUCAACUUCACGUUCGUUGUUUGGCGAUCUCAACGGGGAUCGAAGGUGCGAGACCCUUGAACGACUUAUGUCUUGGUUUUCAUGGCUCUCAAUUCAGGUCGAUACUGCCGCAUUAAAGCGGGUCUAUCCUUCUGUCGAUGCCGUCCCCAACGAGACCGGCCUAUUUCUCGUCUGGACCUCUUUUCUUUCUUCAAUGUGUAUAUGUCGAAUCCAAAUGAGGAAGUUUUCAAGCAACAUGGAUGAGCAUAGGACUACUCAAACUGACAGGGGACCUGGGACUGGUUCGCCGCACAAUUGUCUCGGUCCCGACAGUUCAGCCGGAAGCAGUCAGCAGCCACCUAUCCUGCUGAUAGGCGAUCCGAUCGGGGAUAAGGGGUAUGCACUGCUUGCGGUCUUUUGCUGUAUAUAUUAA